AUGACCAGAUUUCAUUUUUAUUUUCUUCUUUUACAGAUUUAUAGAAACAUGAAGCUGUUGUUGUUCCUCUGCCUUUUAGUUGUUGGGAUUCAUUCCAACAUUUAUCCCUAUGAGCCUUAUCACCAAGUUGUAAGAAACCAAAAUCAAAGAGGAAAAGAGAACCGAAACAUGCCACAGCAGGCUGUAGGGAGCCGUGUUUGUCAGUUUGCUUGUUGCUUCUACAAAGAGAUUUCUUCUCAUGAAAACAGUGGGAAUAUUUUCUUCUCUCCUUUGAGCAUCUCUACUGCCUUUGCAAUGCUGACUCUUGGUGCCAGGUCUGAUACUUUGGCACAGAUUCUUAGGGUCCUUCACUUUAAUCCACGUGAGAUUUCUGAAAAUGAAAUCCAUGAAGGUUAUCGUCAACUCAUACAAAUGGUAAACAGAAAGAAUGAGGGUUUACAGCUAAAUAUGGGAAAUGUCCUGUUUGUACUUGAUCGACUGAAACCACAACAAAGAUUUUUGAAUAACCUCAGAGAAUUCUAUGAAGGUGAAAUUUAUCCUAUGAACUUCAAGAGGUCUGAUCAAGCCCAGAUGAAGAUCAAUGAUUAUGUAGCAGAAAGAACCAAUGGGAAAAUCAAGGACCUCAUAAAUAACCUUGAUCCACUUACUGAACUUCUUCUCAUUAGUUAUAUUUAUUUUAACGGUAAGAUAUGCAUAUCUAAUUCUCUGAUAUCAUACAUUAUUUCUUCAGAUCAGGAGAAGCAAAAUGACUCUGCCUUGUACUGUGAUAUCAUGCCUGAAAGUUUAAUUUUAUUCUUGCACUUCUUUUCCAGCAACUCAGUAAAUUUGUAUCUUCCAAAAUUCACUCUUCAUGGGAGAUACAACCUAAAAAACAUUUUAUAUAAAAUGGGCAUAAUGGAUCUAUUCACUGAUAAGGCUGACCUAUCUGGUAUCACUGGACAACCCCAGCACAGAAUUUCCCAGGCUAUUCAUCAGGCUGUGGUAAAGGUGGAUGAGACUGGCACUGAAGCAGCAGCUGCCACAGGCAUGGAAAUAGUGCCUAUGUCCGUUCCCGUUGUCAUUAGAAUGAACAGACCCUUCUUAUUGGUCAUAACUUUAAGGGACAACAUACUGUUCAUGGGAAAAAUUGUGAACCCUCUGGAAAAAGAUUAAGCUAAUAUACACAUUAGGUAUGAAGUUAUCACCACCGUUAAAUCCAGUGUUUCACCUGAUGCUCAUGGCAUGGCUAUAGAGGGCUCUCCACCCAACUAUG